UCCAUUAUCCUUGACUCCAGCUGUCUGCUAUGUUUGCUAUAAUUGUAGGAGUCAGGACACAGAGGAUGUGUCAGGUUCUAGAUGAGAAUGAGAUCAAGGAGUGAAAUACAAGUUUGGGCCUAAAAACAAAAUAAUUGACAAAUACAGUUGUUUUUAAAAGGUUGAAGUAAAUUUUAGGCUGAGGAACUUUUAUUUUUACUAAAACACCACAAUGGAGUUUUGCUUUUUCUAAGUAGAUGUUUCUGGUGUAUUUGACUGAAAUUUUUCUCCUUUUUUACAGUGAAAAGGGCAAUACUGUUCCCGGCUAUGAUUUUUUGGUGAAUUCUGUCUGGCCAGAAAUAGUACGAGGAUUAGAAGAAAAAUUACCCUCGCUUUUUAAUCCUGGGAAUCCUGAUGCAUUUCACCAGAAAUAUACCAUAAGUAUGGAUUUUGUAAGAACAUUUGAACGGCAAUGUGGAUCACAGGCCAGUGUAAAAAGAUUAAGAGCACAUCCCGCCUAUCACAGCUUCAAUAAUAAGUGGAACUUGCCUGUUUAUUUUCAAAUAAGAUUUAGAGAAAUAGCUGGAUCCUUAGAAGCAGCACUUACAGAUGUCCUGGAAGAUGCACCAGCUGGGAGCUCGUAUCGCCUUAUGGCUUCUCAUAGGACGUGGAGCAGCCUUCAGAGGUGCUGGUCUGACAAGAUGUUCUUGCCGCUGCUGGCGCAUCGUCUUUGGAGACUGACGCUGCAGAUUCUGGCGCGGUACUCCAUAUUUGUCAAGGAGCUUUUACUCAGGCCCAUCUCUAAUGAAAGUGCUAAGGAUAUUAAAAAGCCUUUGGUAACUGGCAGCAAAGAUCUUUCUAUCACCCAAGGAAAUUGUGAAGACCAAGCAAGUGGCCCUUCUGAAACAAAGCCCAUUGUCUCCAUUUCCAGCACUCAACUUGUCUAUGUGGUCACAGACCUGGACAGGCUUCAGGAGCAGCUUCCAGAACUCUUAGAAACAAUCAAGCCAAAACUUGAAGUGAUGGGCUUUAAGAAUUUUUCUUCCAUCUCAGCCCUGGAGGACUCCCAGCUGUCUUUGUCUGCCUGUGUACCCGCCUUGAGUGAGAAAAUCACCCAGGACUUAAGUGAGUCUUGCUUUAGUCACCUGAAAAGUGCCCUGGAGGUUCCCAGGCUGUACCGAAGAACCAAUAAGGAGGUGCCAGUGACAGCCUCCUCUUACGUGGACAGCGCUCUGAAGCCAUUGUACCAGCUUCAGAGCAGGCACAAGGACAAGCUCAAGCAAGCCACAAUUCAGCAAUGGUUAGAAGCCGCUCUCUCUGAGAGCACGCAUAAGUACUAUGAGACCGUGUCGGAUGUCCUGAAUGCUGUGAGGAAGAUGGAGGAGAGCCUGAAGCGGCUCAAACAGGCCAGGAGAGCCACUCCCGCCAGCCCGGCUGGGCUUAGUGGCGGCGGCAUGAGUGAUGAUGACAAGAUCCGACUACAGUUGGCCUUGGAUGUUGCAUAUUUAGGAGAGCAGAUAGAAAAGAUGGGCCUGCGAACAAAGGACAUAAGAAGCUUUCCGGCUCUCGCAGAGCUCGUUGCUGCUGCCAAGGACCAGGCACCUGUGGACCAGCCUUAAGCAUCUUGGAGUAGCCCAGGGGAAGGUUGGACCUCACGCCUGCAGGGAAGAAAGCGUCUCUGUUCUCUGUCAGGCUGCAACACGGACGUGUGUCCACUGGUUCCCAAAAGUGCGCCAGGGCAGCUUCCCUCAGUGUCUUUGGGUCUUCUUUCACCCAAAAAGAAUAAUACAAAAGCCUUUUUCCGUUGUAUGGAAGAUAAUUUUAAGAUGUUUGAAACUUUCUACUAUAGUUUACAGAGCAAAUUAUUUUAUUUUUGUUGUAAAUCUUAGCGUGGAAGAGAUGAUUUCUAAAAUAUGCUUGAAGUAAAUACAUGUAUGUCUGAAUAUAAACAGUCAGCUUUCUGGUCCUGCAGUUAGAAGGGACUGGCUGCAGACGGGUAGCUCCACUGUACACACACCCUUCUCCCUGAUGACUCUGAGUUUCUAGACGGGGCUGCACUGGUGGCUUUCUAUCCUCCCACUAGGUGUUGAGAACAGCCCUCAUCACCCAGACCUCUGUCAACAGCAAGAAGCAGCAGGGGGAUCAGUGUCCUAAAUAAAAGAGCCUGCCAAAGCA